AUGGCUAGCGAUACCUCGUCCAGUACCUUGACAGAUGUCGAUGCGGCUUCGCAAUCCAAAAUAAAAAGAGCAAGCCAUUGGCAACUCGUCUCAUCUCACGCACUCCUCACUCCUGCCGUCCUCAACCACGAGUACAAUGGAUCGGGCACAGAAGAAGAUCCCUACCGGGUCGAGUUCAUACCCAACGAUCCUCGAGAUCCCAUGGGCUUUGCCAUGUGGAAAAAGUGGGCGAUUACUCUGUUGGUCGCUUUUGCAACGUUGGCCGUAGCCUUUGUUUCCUCUGCAUAUACUGGUGGCGUGAAUCAGAUCAUAUCGGGCUUCCACACCAGCGAUGAAGUUGUCGUAUUAGGAGUGUCACUCUUCGUUUUGGGUUUCGCCAUUGGGCCCUUGCUUUGGGCUCCUCUUUCCGAGCUCUAUGGCCGGCAAAUCCUCUUCUUCACCACGUACGGUGUCCUUACGGCCUUCAACGCAGGAGCUGCUGGCGCUCAAAAUAUCCAGACUCUUAUCAUCCUCCGAUUCUUCGCCGGCGCUUUUGGCUCCUCUCCCCUGACGAAUGCCGGCGGUGUCAUCGCGGACAUGUUCCCUGCAUCCCAGCGUGGGCUGGCCAUGUCGGUUUUCGCUGCCGCACCGUUCAUGGGUCCCACCUUGGGACCUAUUGUCGGUGGAUUUCUGGGUGAAACAGAGGGCUGGCGCUGGGUUGAAGGCCUCAUGGCAAUCUUUACCGGGGCCCUCUGGAUCAUCGGUUCCCUCACUAUCCCCGAAACGUAUGCACCUGUUCUCCUCAAAAACCGCGCAGCAGCCAUGAGCAAGAAGACUGGUAAAGUCUACAGGUCCAAGAUUGAAUACGAUAGAGGAAAACAGUCGCUCGGUCGAUCUUUCAAGAUAGCCUUGUCUCGGCCCUGGGUGCUUCUCCUCAAAGAACCUAUCGUGCUCCUGCUUUCAAUCUACAUGGCCAUCAUCUACGGAACCCUUUACAUGAUGUUCGCAGCUUUCCCUAUUGUGUACCAGCAAAAUCGCCACUGGAGUGAGGGUAUCGGUGGCUUGGCAUUCCUGGGUGUCGCCGUCGGCAUGAUUGGUGCCGUCAUUUACACUAUUCCUGACAAUUCUCGCUUUAUACGCGCCGAAGCAGCUGGUAUUGCCAAAGGUGAAGGAGGCGCGGCACCGGAAGCAAGACUACCGCCUGCAAUGAUUGGUAGUGUGUGUAUCCCCAUUGGACUGUUCAUCUUUGCGUGGACAAACUACCCUUCCAUCCACUGGAUUGUUAGCAUCAUCUUUACGGCACCAUUCGGCUUCGGCAUGGUCCUCGUCUUUCUUUCGAUUAUGAACUACCUCAUCGAUGCAUACACGAUUUACGCGGCCAGUGUGCUGGCUGCUAAUUCUGUAUUACGAAGCAUGUUUGGGGCGAUAUUCCCUCUCUUCACGACAUACAUGUACGACAAUCUCGGUAUCCACUGGGCGAGUACGAUUCCAGCUUUCUUAGCCUUGGCCUGUGUGCCGUUCCCAUUCUUAUUCUACAAGUACGGACCUAUCAUCCGAAAAAAGUGUAAAUACGCGAGAGAAGCUGCUGAAGUGAUGGCUAAGAUGAAGCAAAGGCAGCCGGAAGAUGAGAGUAUCAAGGACGAGGAGAGCGACUCAGGUGACUCUGAAAAGAAAAUCGAACCGAUAAUGGAACCUGAAGGCGUGGAGGCUGCAAGAUCGGAUAUCCGAGGGGAUGACUCCGAAAGAGCAGCCAAAUUGCAAGAUCCUGAGAGAGACGUGGAGAAAGCGGAAGUGUGA